AUGCAGUCUUCAGCCAUUCGCCGUGAUUUAGAUACAUUUGCACAAUCACCAGCUACCUCCUCAGCCGCUUUACAAGGCCAAAUUGCGGCAUCAUUAGCCUCUCUAUCUCGCACAGUCGAUGAUUACUCCGCUCUAUCAAAGAAAGAAUUGAUCCCAGAAAAACAACAAAAGGCGUUUGACCGGGUGAACAACUUUCGGAGUGAACUUACAGACUACCGGGCGCAAUUCGAAAGACUGCGCAAGGAGCGCGAAGAAGCACAAUCAUCAAACAACCGUAGUGAGCUCCUCGGUCGCCGACCACACCAUGCCGCCACACCUGAGAACCCAUAUGCACAGCCCAACCUCCCUCAAGCCUCUUCCGCCUUUGCGCCCUCCGGUCUGAGCUUUGGUGGUGGACCUGGCGACCAAACACGAGAAAGCCAUGCGCUUCGCGAACAAUCCUUCUUCUCCAAUACCAAUACUCAGCUAGACGAUUUCCUAGACCGUGGUCGCGCGGUACUAGCGGAUCUUGGACAGCAGCGGGAAGUCUUAAAGGGCACACAGCGCCGAUUAUAUAGUGUUGCCAACACAUUGGGUGUUAGUGGAGACACCAUCCGCAUGGUUGAGAGACGAGCUCGACAGGAUAAAUGGAUCUUCUGGGGAGGAGUGGUGAUUUUCUUUUUGUUUUGUUGGCUAGUACUGCACUUUUUGCGUUAA